UGAAGCUCACAACUAUCUUUUUAGUAUCAUGAAAGACUUCGAUUGACGCACAGCGGACCGAAAAUAAGAUGUCGUUAGUGCUGCUAAGAAGUAUUUGGUGUUUAGUGAUUUUAGCAAGUGUUUUGUUUGCCUCGGCCGAUGACAAUGUAUACGUAAUUAAAUCGGAAAAACUACCGGCCGAUCUCAACUUUAUGCCCACCCUGGGUAACGGUCAUUUGGGCUAUACAGUUUUCGGUGACGCGAUCUUCAUGAAUGGCAUCUAUAAUGGCGAAGGUGGUAAUAGUCGCCGUGCACGCAUCCCCAAUUGGCUGAACUUGAAUGUGGCCACCAUUGCCUACGAGGAAUGGGAGCUCUCCAUCAUACCGGAUAGCUAUAGGCUACACCUACGGGAUGGUUACUUCCGUUGGCAAUUUGCUUACGAGGCAAAUGGAAUGCAGAUGCAAUUGGAACAACGCACAUACGCCCAUCGCUACUACAAUCGCGCUUUGAUCUAUGAACUUUUCGUGCAUUGCACCGGCGCUAUAGAUCCGCUGCUUAUAAAGUUAACCCAAAAGUCAGGAAGUAAAAGUGAAGCUUUUGACUUUUCACAAUUAAGCAGUGCCAACGGAACAAUGAGGUAUAAAACUCUGCAUGGUGUAACGCGCCAGUUAGAGCAGCCAGAUUUCCAGUCGGAACCACGUACGAUUUUCGUGGUAUUCAGUGAUAAUUGGGAAAAUGAACACACUUUCGAAUUGGGUGCUGGGCAAGAAGAGUUUUAUUAUCGCUACGUAAUUACGGUUGACGAGAAGGAGGAGGUGGCGCGGAGAGAAAUGGAGGAUGUUAUACAGCUGACCUCCGACGAGCUGUUGGAAAAGCACUCCAGUGAAUGGCAUACGUUCUGGCAGAACUUCAACAUACAGAUUGAUGGAAAUAUAGAACUGGCACACACCAUUAACGCUGGCAUCUUUUACUUGGCCAGCUCCUUGCCAUCAUUGCAUACCAAUCAACUGAAUGGCGCCUACUUCGGGCUCAGUCCCACCGGUAUAGGGCGUGGACAGCUCGAUGCAGACUACGAAGGACAUAACUUUUGGGAUACAGAAACCUGGAUGCUACCAGCUGUCACCCAAUUCGACAUCACCUGGGCCGAGCAGCUAUUCCAGUAUCGUUUGCAACACUUGCCUGGUGCUCGCUAUAACGCCAAACAAACUGGCUACAAAGGAGCACGCUUUCCCUGGGAGAGCGCCUACACCGGCACAGAAGUGAUAAACCCUUGUUGCCCUGAAGUGGCCGCACAGGAAAUUCACAUCUCGCCAGAUAUUUUAUUUGCGCUCCGCCAUCAUUAUGCUUUAACACAUUCCACCGAGUGGUUGUGCCGCGUUGCGUGGCCAAUAGCCAAGGAAGUUGCUGAGUUCCUCGUGAGUCGCGUGAACGAUGAUGGAAAAAAAUAUCACAUUAAAGGAGUCAUGGGCCCAGAUGAAGAUCACUUAAAUGUAACUGACAAUGUCUACACGAAUGCGGUGGUCAAGAGGGCACUGGAGUUCGCGAGCAAACCCUUCGUGGUAGUAACGGAAAGUCAACACCAUUUCCAUUUUGACAGUUUUGCGCAUUCCACGUGCACUACCGCCGACAAUACUUCAGAUAUUUGGCGAGAUAUAGCGCUGCGUAUAAAUAUAUUGUACAAUAAAAAAUUGGACUACCAUCCGCAAUAUUUGGGCUACAAGCGAGGCGAAAUGGUUAAGCAGGCUGACGUAAUACUACUUGGCUACCCUUUGCAAUACGCGAUGGCGAACAAGACCCGCUUGAAUGAUCUUAACACUUACGCGUCUGUCACCCGAGAGUCGGGGCCUGCCAUGUCCUGGUCUAUGUUCGCCAUCAACUUUCUGGAUAUAAACGCGCUGGAUGAAGCUAACCGAUAUUUCCAAAGGGCUUAUAAAGGUUAUGUGCGGCCAGAAUUUAAAGUCUGGAGCGAAAACAAAAUUGGCUACCAGGGAUCCGCGAACUUUCUCACUGGCAUUGGUGGCUUUUUGCAGGCGAUUAUCAACGGUUAUGCUGGCAUGCGAUUUGAUUUGGAUGGACACCGUUCAAUAAUGAAAGUGCAAAAAACCAAUUUGAUCGCUGGCACAAAAGGAUUUACUAUCCAUGGUAUCAAAUUUGCUGGCUCGAAAUUUUCCUUGAAGGUGCACACAAAUGGCACAGCCACAUUUAGCUGUUUACAAGCAGGCGAUUUGGAUUUGGAAUUAGUAGUGAACUCCCACAAAUAUGCAAUAAAUGCCAAUUUUUCAAUUAAUCUGGCGCGCAAUACCGCGUUACUAUCCACGGUUUAA